CUCGCUCGGCGCAGUCCGCUCUCCGCUCAGACGCACAGCUGUAACGUCCGCGAUGCGUUCCCUCGUUUACAUUGCUGCCGCGCUGUCGCUUUCUAACUAUGUCUACUCAGCACGAAUACUUGGGUUGUUCCCUCACACGGGCAAGAGCCACCAAAUGGUCUUUGAGCCUUUGCUAAAAACUCUCGCCGAGCGCGGACACCAUGUAACCACGGUGUCUUUUUUCCCGCUGAAAAACCCUCCAGCUAAUUACACCGACGUCAGCCUCGAAGGCAUCGCUCAACUUGGAGUGGAAACGAUGGACUUACAAAUAUAUGAAAACCCGCCCAGCAUUUUAAGGUAUUUGGGUGUGGAUGUAGAGCGGAUGGUGAAACAAGCAAUGGAGUUUGCGCCGCUAGCUGAUAUGGCUUUAAAUGUUUGCCGGAAACUGGUGGACUGGCCGGCGUUGACAAGUGCCUUAAAAAAGGAUUAUGACUUAGUGUUAGUUGAGAACUUUAACAGUGAUUGUAUGCUGGGUCUAACCCACGUUUACGGUUUAAAAGCCCCUAUUGUAGCACUUUUAUCAAGUGGAGUGAUGCCGUGGUCGCCAGAACGGAUUGGCCUGGCUGAUAACCCCUCGUAUGUCCCUGUUGUCAGCACUGCAUUUCUCGAUAGAAUGACUUUCAUUGAACGUCUGGAGAAUACAUUGUUACAAUUUUACUUUAAGUGGUGGUAUAGAUAUGAAAUCCAGGUGAAAGAACAGGAGAUUAUUGAAAAGCAUUUCGGCAGGAAGAUAACGGAUUUGUCGGAUUUGGGGAAAAAUAUAUCUUUGAUGUUAUUGAAUACUUUCCACGGUUUGAACGGAGCAAGGCCACUCUUACCCGGGGUGGUGGAAGUCGGCGGUAUGCAUUUGGAUCAAAAUAAGAAAACAAUACCACCGUAUAUCGAGAAAUUUCUGAACGAAUCUUCGGAAGGCGUGGUCCUGUUCAGCUUCGGCUCUCUGAUCAAAACCGCGUCAAUACCGAAGUACAAAGAGGAGAUCAUCAUCAACGCCCUGUCCAAACUGAAGCAGCGGGUGGUGUGGAAGUACGAGGAAAGCGACGAGGAGGGCACCAUCACUGGGAACAUCAUGAGGGUCAAAUGGAUACCGCAGUCAGAGUUGCUGAGGCACAAGAAAGUGUUGGCGUUCAUAGCGCACGGAGGUCUGCUGGGCAUGACCGAGGCGAUAUUUGCUGGCAAGCCAAUGCUGGUAGUGCCGUUCUUUGGAGACCAACCACAGAACGCAGCGGUGGCCGAGGCCGCGGGACUGGCCAAGGUCUUGUCGUACGCGGAUUUGUCGGAGGAAUCCAUGCUUAAGGGGCUGCAGAGCGUGCUCAGCGCAGAAAUGCGUGUGAGCGCUCGUCGGGCUUCCGAAAUUUGGCGAGACAGACAAAACGACCCGCUAGAUACAGCGGUCUACUGGACGGAGAGGGUGCUCCGCUGGGGGACCCAGGCGCCCCUCCACUCGGGCGCCAGGAACCUCGCCUUCCACGAAUACGCGCUAUUCGACGUCGCUGCCGCCUUGCUGGGGACCAUCGUGCUCUCUAUCCUUCUACUACAUUACACAAUCUUCACCCUUAUUCCUAAAACAAUAAGUGCCAGUUUCGGUAAAGAAAAAAAGAAGAUUCAUUGAUGUUUGGCUGUGGUCCAGGGUCCGGGUGAUGUAAUAGGUAAUUUUAGUAAUACCUACCUAUUUUAGUCUAGUAACACAUUGUUAUUGUUAUUUAGGUAGGUAUGUAAAAUGUGGGAUGAAUUAUAAAAUUUACCUUUGAGUUGUCUAUGUUCACGCGAUCACGCGACACAGUCAAAUUCAGUAGUCUGCAUUAUAUAAGACGCUUCAAUGAAUGUAGGCGAAAAUGAUAUAAAUAUAUAGAUCUACCGUCCCAAAUGUAUAAAAAAUCUUAAUCGUAUUUAUUGCAUCAAUAGAUAGAUGAAUGUGCCAAUGCCUAUUUUACCACUAAAGGUACUAAAUUUUUAUAAGAAUUAACAAAACUGUCCCAGUAAAUAAUAGUUACCUACUUAUAUUUAAUGUUAUUAGCAGAAUUGUGUAGUGUGUCGGUGGAUAAUCGUUAACUUGCGGUCUCGGUUAGAUAUGUAUAUUUAAAAAAAUCCAGUUCCUAAUAUUAUCUUAUACUGUACGUAUUUGAAAUUUACGCGCAAGAAGGGUAGAUAAUAUUAAUAUAAGUGUAUUGUGAUAAAAUAUUUUUACAGAGAUUUGUCUUCGAUUAUAAUAUAUAUGAAUAGAUUAUUCGAAUGCCAGUUACUUUGCAACGGUUUUUUUCUAGGUCAGUAGCAAAACUAGCAAAUUUAUAUCUACUGUAGACAUCUUUUUUAAAGCUGUUGAUUUGUUUGAAUAUUGACUGUAGACGACUGUUGCCUUAUCAAUAUCUAGUUGACUUGGUUUUCUCAAUUAGAAAAGCGAUGAUUACCUAAUUGCCGGUUAAUGUAAAAUAACUAAAAUAAUAUACUAAAGGGCUUUCAUUCAGCUGAUACUGCGUUCUGAUGUCAACACAGAUAAUUAAAUUAGUAUGUAUUGAUAUACCUAGGUAUUAAGAGCCCAUCAACGUGCACACUAGCGCCACUGCUAAAUAAUCGUGAUUAUUUAAAUUUAACGAAAGAUUUAAAAAAGGUGGCAGCUACGUACUAUAUUUUGUAUUUAAGUUGGUACUUUUUGAAUACAUCAAACUAGUUUUUGUGUUGCUGGAUUCGUCGAUCUAUGAACUAUGAACACAAAACAAAAACGGCCGUUUGAACUUUGGACGCAUAGAUUGACGAAUCCAGCAACAUAAAAACUAUUAGUUUGAUGUAUUCAAAAGGUACUUCAAUACACAAUACAGUACCUACAUUGCGGCCCCCUUUUUUAAAUACCUGUCGUUAAAUUUCACGAUUAUUUAGCAGUGGCGCUAGUGUGCACGUUGAUGAACUCUUAAUGAUAUUUUAAAUAUUCAACCAAAUCUCUUUCUUCUAGGACCUAGUCUCCUCAAUUUCCCUUACAUUAGGUAUACUGUUGUUGCAUUUUCAUCAUAUUCUUACAGUCGGGUACUACCUAACCAUAUGUAUCAAAGGGGUCUUCGGUCCCUAGUAGGUAUAAUAUAAGCACAAUUUUCAAUCAUUCAUAAUUUCUAACAAUACAUAUUUAAGCAAAUACCUGACCAACAUUCAUCAGGUGACAAGCAAAAGUCACUAAUUACUAAAAAAAAAAUUAAACAAAAAUCGACCUUCUUUUAGUACUAUAUGGUUCACUAUGGCUAUGAACUUGUGCUGGUACUUAGUGUCUUUUGCUUGUCACCCGACGAUUUCCAGUUCGUUCUGCUUCUAUAAAUAAAAAUAAACACUUAGAUAGUUUACACCUGAGCCAAAUUAUUUAUAAUGUUGUUUUGUUAUUAGUUAGUAACAUUAUGCCAAAAAUAAAAAAGGGAUACCAUUUAU